GCGGCCCGCGCCGCGGCCCGGCAGUGUCGGCGGCGGCCGCUCCGCCCGCCCGGCCAACAUGGCCCUGACGGCCGAGACCGAGUCCCGCCUGUACCGCUCGCUCCGCGUCGCCGCCGGCGCCGCCGCGCACCUCGUGGCGCUGGGCUUCCCCGCCGCCGUGGCCGUGCUGGCGCGGCCCGGAUCCAGUCUGUUCUCCUGGCACCCGCUGCUCAUGGCGCUCGCGUUCUCGUUCCUGAUGACGGAGGCGUUGCUGAUCUUCUCCCCGGAGACUUCGCUGCUGCGCUCCUUCUCCCGCAAGGUGCGGGUGCGGGCACACUGGGUGCUGCAGCUGCUCGCCCUGCUCUGCGCGCUCCUGGGGCUGGGAAUCAUCACCUACAACAAGCACCUGAACGGGAAGGGCCACUUCGUCACCUGGCACGGGCUGACGGGGCUGGUGGCCGUGCUGUACGCAGGGGGGCAGUGCGCCGGGGGCGUGCUCCUGCUCUACCCUAAGCUGAUGAAGAACUGGACGCUGGCUAAGCUCAAGCUGUACCACGCCACCUCCGGGCUGGUGGGCUACCUGCUGGGCUGUGCUAGCCUCAUGCUGGGCAUGUGCUCACUCUGGUUCACCACGGCGGUGACCGGCGUCUCCUGGUACCUGGCCAUGCUGUGCCCCCUCCUCACCAGCCUGGUGAUCAUGAACCAGGUGAGCAACGCGUACCUGUACCGCAAGCGGAGCCAGCACUGAAGGGCUGGCACACAACUGAACCCCCUGAGCGAGCUGGUGAGGCCGGGGCUCCCCCUCACAGCCCCCCCUGCUUGCACAGGGUCUCCUUGGAACUUUGUUUCUAUUUCCUUGUCUCUUACUGGUCCUGGAUUGUCCUUAGUGUCAGCUACAAUGUGUGUGUGACACCCCCACCCGCCCCGAUGGGGACAUUUCCCAGCACAGGUGAAGCUGCUGGUCCCUGCAGCAGCUUGGUGCUCAGUGCUGGGAAAUGGAGGGUUCGCUCAGGAUUCCUGCUCCUUUUCCAUUCCCACACAAGGACUGCUUUUGAGCAGGCAGGACAGGAGUCAUCCUAGUGAGGAGGGCAGGGAAGUCCCCUCUCUCUCCUGGGAGGCCACAGUGGGCACCACGCUGCCUCUCCUGCCUCGGGGGCAGCUUGGCCAGGAAAGCACAGGGCACGGUUGUGGCUUUGGCCCUGGAAGGGCUGGGGCAGGGUGGUGGCACCCGAGGAAAUGGUACAGGAGCACGUGUGUCCCCAUGGCACGAGGGCUCCCCGGCACCAGAGCAGCCAGCCCUGCCCCGAGGCCACGGGUCUGGGCACUCGCUGCCACGCACAAACCCCUCUCCAGGCUGGGGCAGCACAGCCUCGGCUUGUUGAGGUGGGGUCAGUUUACAGAGCAAAUGACUGAGCCAGGCUAUGAACCUGCAGCCAGCAAAGGCAUUUUGUCCUUUGGAGGGGCACAGGGAACAGUGUGAGCAUGGGGGGAGGCACAGGCCUGGGGGACGAGCCCUUGGGAGGGCAGGAAGGGACCUCCUUGCUGGCAUAACAGCCUUUCUCCCAGCCUGCCCACCCUCGGGGCUGCUGCGAGGCUCUGUCUGCAACUCCUCAGCACAUAUCCUGCUCCUGGCAGGGCUGGAGAGCUGGGAGCGGCUCCCAGGCUGAAAAAUUCCUCUGUAUCCAGAGCUUUUAUUCAAUAAAAAUUUCAGGCAGCUACA